AUGUUGUAAGAGGUAUAAGUGUUUUUUAUAAGCCCCCUCUCAUCAUCUAAUAGGAUAAAUGACGAAUCCUUAUAAAGUUACAAGUAUAUACAAUAUAUGGGAUAUAAUAAAAAUGCAUCUAUUUUAUGUUCCCUAAUACAUUAUGCUUUUAAUAAACAAAUUUCAAGAAUCCUAGAGAGUAUUCUUCAGCUGAUUAAUACCUUGAAGAACUAAACAAUUUACACUGAAUUUGUAAAAUUAAUCAAAUAAACCAAAUUUGAAAAGAACCAUGUAUAGAAAUUCUUUUAAAAUCUCUAUCUGAUAGACCAGAACAAUGAAAUUGCUGGAAAACUACUUUUUGAUCUUUGCAAAAGUAAGGAUUGGUUGGAUGGUAGUUAAAUAGCAUACAAUCAAAUAGCGAAAGAAUUUUAGUUGAGGAUUUCUAUUUAUAAUUGCAAUGAAGUUUAUGGAAUCUAAUUCAAAGAAACUAUCGAUCUGAUGGUUGAUGCUAAUAAAAAAUUCUAUUUUCUCAUCUCAGAACCAAUAUUUAAGAACAUAGAGAAAACAUAAUGUCCCUAAUGCAAAAUAAAAUCGGAAUUUAUUUUAUUGACUUGCAAUCAUAAACAUUGCUAUAAAUGUUUACGAAAGAAAUCUUAAAUUGAGAAUAUCAAAUGCCAUUGUGGAAAAAUAUGUUAUAAAAAAAAUGUGUUGCAUUGCUUAUAAAACUUUGACAAAGUGAAAGAGUAUAAUGAAAUGAGUAAAGUUUUGUUAAAAUAUUAUGAAAGUGCAAAUUCAUCAGUUGCACUUACAGAUCAACAAUUAUCAUUAGAUAGAAGUAGAAGAUAUCAUGCAAAUCAAGAUAUUGAACAAAAGAUUGCACCUACAGUUGAACCUCUAUAUGAAUGUAGUAUAUGCUCAAAAAAGUCUUAAAGUUAAUUAUUAGUCUUAGAAGACUGCAAACAUCAAUUUUGUUAUUAUUGUGCAUAGUAAUAUAAAUUACAAAAAGAGUGUCCCUUAUAAAACUGUAUUAAAAAAAUAGAGUAAAAUUCAUAGUAAACUUGUUUAAAUAAAAAUAAUUCAAAAGAAAUAGAUUAUCCAAUUAUUAAUUAAAACAUAAAAGAAAGCAUUUAAAAUUCCUCCAAUCCUAAAGUAGCAGAACAAUGUUCUAGAUGCUCUAACACAUCUAAAUAUAAAUUAUUUGAAGUAAAAAAAUGUAAUCAUAAAUUUUGUAAAUCAUGCCUAUCAAAUAUUGAGAUGAAAUAUGAAUUAGCCUUUUGUUUAAAACCCAAAUGUUAAUCAACAUUUACAAAGCAAGAAUACAAAAUGUACUUUAAGUCUGUAUAACCAUUAUCAAAUUCAGAGGUGCCUUAAAUGUAAAGAGUGAUUCCCCCCUAAAACUAAUACUCAUCUUUUGACUGCGAAAGUUGUAAAUAUAAAAGAAGUGAAGAUCAAAAAUAUAUAUUAAACUGUGGUCAUUCUAUUUGUAAUGCAUGUAUCAUUUUAAAUGUUUAAUUCAAAACAACAUGCUGCUAUUUAGCAGCUUUGGAUUCUGAAUAUCAGCAAUUUCGGAAAAAUAUGACUACAAAUUGCAAAGGUUGCCAACUCCCUUUUCAAAUAAAAGAAUUGUUUUAGUCGAAUUGUAAACAUGAAUUUUGUUUAAGUUGCUGUUAAAAAAUAUAUUUAGAAAGAUCUCAAAGAUGCUUGGAAAAAAGAUGUGGUAAACUAAUAUUUUUUGUAGAUGAUUUGUAUAAUUUCAUUUGGAGUUAAAAAAUAGAGGAAAGUAAAGAUAUUUCAAACAAAGAAGUAUAGAAAAAAACUGAGGAGUUAGAAGAAUAAGACAAGGAUUAAAAUUUGGAAAAAUAAGAUAAUAAACAAAUAAAAGAAGAUUCAAAGUAGAUUGAUAACAGUCUACACAGAAGUACUCAGUGUUAAAAAACAAAAUCCAUAGAGGAGUAAGAAUCUCCUACACUUCAAAAAUCUGUCAUCAAUUUAAAGGAAUAUAAAAUUAAUGAAUAAAAGAAGGAGGAAAUAAAUUUACCAUCAACAAAACUAUAAGAGAUUGUUAAGCCUAAUGGUUAGAAUCUUGUUCAGAAUGGUGAUCCAAGAAAAUAGGAAGUUUACCAAUUUGAAGAUGAUAUUUCUGGGUCUGAAGAAAAUUAUGAAGAGGAGAUAAUUAUUUACUAAUAGAUCGAAGAAAUUAAAUCUGCUAAAGAAAGAGAAAACGAAUUUUGUAAAGGAAAUUGUACAAAUUGUAAUUCAGAAUUUUCUCCUUUUAAUAAAAAAUAAUUGAUUGAUUGUAAAUUACAUUAAAUUGGAGCUUGUUGCAUUCUAAACAAAUUUAUCCGUUGUCCCUAAUGCGAAUAAACUCCAUCUAAAAAAAUAAUAAUUCACUAAAAGCUGAUACUACCAUGUAAUCCUGUAGAAGAAGAAAGUAUAUUUGAAUCAACCAUCUUAAAACCCUCUUUAGGCAGUUACUAUCCUCAAUCUUUUCAGUAAACCUAUAAGGGUUAUAGUGAUCAAUUAUAAAGAUUAGAGAGAUAGAGAAAUAAUUAAAAUUCUGCGAUUAAAAGAAAUCUUACAACUGAUACUGUCAAUAAAAGGAUUUAGGAUAAUCAAUAAGUUUUAGAGGACAAAUCUAAAUAUAAAAAUGAAUAGCUAAUUCAGAAUGAGUUGACUUUACUAAAAUCUUCUCCUCCUUAUCUUUAGCAACCAUACCAUCCCUAUCGAUAUGAACGACUUCAGUAUGGAGGAUAUGAUCAGAGAAACAGGUUGGAAUUAUAUAGCAGAGACUUUCAUUUGAAUUCAAAAAUAACAACAGGAUAUUCAGGGAGGUUGUAUUGA